AUGCUAUCAAUCUGUGGGAUGUUGGAACUUAAAAGUAAAGGGAAUAGCUUCACCUGGGGUGGCAUGCGGGGAACCACUUGGGUGCAGUGCAAGCUGGAUAGAAGCUUUGGAAACAAAGAAUGGUUCAAGCACUUCCCGGCUUCGAAUCAAUCCUUCCUAGAGAAAAGAGGAUCAGAUCAUAGACCGGUCUUGGUAAGUCUUUUAGCUUCGAAGGAAUCAUACAGGGGUCACUUUAGAUUUGACAAAAGAUUUCUGUUCAAACCAAAUGUCAAAGAGUCGAUUACCCUGGCUUGGAACUCUUCUCUAGUACGUCAAAGAGAAGGAUCAGUCUCUGAUAAGUUGAGAUGUUGUAGAACGGCUUUGAGCAAGUGGAAAAAGGAAAACUAUAUCAAUGCGGCAGAUAAGAUCUCCCAUCUUCAAGUUGCACUUGAAUCAGAGCAAUCGGCUCAUCCUCCUUCUCAGAACCUGAGAUCAGAGGCCUCAAAAGGAGAAGUUGCUAAUAGUUACUUCAAGUCAUUAUUCACAUCUUCUAAUCCGGGUAACUUUCAGUCUCUCUUCUCUGACCUACCUCCUCGGGUGUCUACAUUGAUGAAUGAUGGUUUAACAAAGCUGGUAAGUAAAGAAGAAAUAAAGGAAGCUGUCUUUGCUAUAAAACCCUCAAGCGCACUAGGCUCGGAUGGAAUGACAUGCCUUUUCUUUCAACACUAUUGGGACGUGAUUAGAGAAGAGGUUACCAAGGAGAUACAAGCUUUCUUCACCUCUGGCUCAUUUCCCAAGGAAUGGAACUAUAUUCAACUUUGCCUCAUUCCAAAGAUUGCAAACCCAAUGCAUAUGUCAGAUCUUCAACCUAUUAGCUUAUGCUCAGUUCUGUACAAAAUCAUCUCCAAUAUCCUCGUUAACAGGCUGAAACCGCUUUUGUGUGUCAUUGUAUCUCCAAAUCAGACGGCUUUUGUACCUGAAAGGUUGAUCUUUGAUAACAUCAUGGUGGCUCAUGAGCUAGUUCACGCCCUCCGCACUGACCCUCAAGUAUCAAAGAGUUUUUUGGCCAUCAAAACCGACAUGUCCAAAGCUUUUGAUCGGGUUGAGUGGUCGUAUAUCAAAGCUCUUCUAACAGCCAUGGGGUUCCAUUCAAAGUGGAUUGGUUGGAUAAUGGCUUGUGUGACUUCAGUAACGUUCACGGUUCUUCUUAAUGAUCAAGAGCAUGAAUCAAAAGGCAAGAUCAAUGGAGUCCAAUACUCGGAAGAAGGACCAUCAUUACAUCACCUUCUAUUCGCCGAUGAUAGCUUAUUUCUCUGUAAAGCGGAGGUAGAGCAAUGCACUCAGCUUAAUCAGAUCUUAAAAGAGUAUGGUGAGGCUACUGGUCAAAUCAUCAAUCUUUCGAAAUCAUCCAUUACUUUUGGGAGCAAAGUGGUCGAAGAUGUGAAACUUCAGAUCAAACAGGUAAUGGGAAUUGAGAAUGAGGGAGGAGCAGGAUCAUACCUUGGGCUACCAGAAUGCUUUAGUGGCUCCAAAAAGGACAUGCUAGCAUAUAUCCAUGACAAACUUAAGAAUAGACUGUCAGGUUAUUUUGCAAGAAAUCUUAUCACAAGGGGCAAAGAAGUUUUGUUGAAAUUUGUAGCAAUGGUUAUGCCAGUCUACGCGAUGUCUUGCUUCAAAGUCCCUAAGUCUACGUGUAAUGCCCUGUCCAGUGCAAUGGCCGAUUUUUGGUGGCAAGCUUUAGAGCAUAAAAGGAAGAUCCACUGGAGACAUUGCAAGUUUCAACCAAGCAUUGUUAGCCAAACAAGCUUGGCGACUUCUUCAAAACCCAAACUGCCUUUUUGCAAGGAUUUUAAGAGCCGAUACUACCUGCAUACUGAUUUCUUAAAUGCUGAAGUCGGAGAUCGCCCCUCAUUUGCCUGGAGAAGUGUGCUUCAUGGGUCAGAACUUCUACAACAAAACCUAAAAAAGAAAAUUGGCAAUGGGAAAUCAGUCAGAGUUUGGAUGGAUCAGUGCAUCUUUGAUGGUGAAUGGAGAGCCCCUUAUAGUAGACAAAUACAUAUGAACAUCUCCCUCAAGGUCAGUGAUCUUAUUCAUCAUCAUUCAAAUGGUUGGGACCGAGAUCGUCUCGACGACCUGUUCUAUCCCCAAGAUAUUGAUCGCAUUCUGGCAAUCAAGCUGGUUCUAGAUGAGGAAGAUUUCUGGUGCUGGGAGCCAAAUAAAUCUGGAGAUUACUCGGUUAAGACUGGGUAUGAUUUAGCUCUCUCCAUUAAUAAAGGCCAGCUCAUUGAAGAAGCUUUGUGUCAACCUUCUCUGAAUCCCUUAAAAGAGAAAAUUUGGUCUAUCAACACGGAGCCUAAGAUCAAAAUUUUCCUUUGGAAAACCUUAAGUGGAGCCCUUCCUGUUGCUGAGAGACUUAUCUCAAGAGGAAUGAGGAUUGACAGGAGAUGUCAGUUAUGUGGUUUUGAGGGGGAAGAUAUCAAUCACGUCCUCUUUACUUGUGCAAUUGCGAGACAGGUUUGGGCCCUUUCUCUUUUCCCACACCCUGAGAAUGGUUUCUCACAACAUUCUGUUUAUGGAAACCUUGAUUUCUUGCUGACCAUGGGUGAGAGUUCGAGUAUCCAGUUAGAUAUCAGACAAUCUUUUCGUUGGGUUUUGUGGUCUCUUUGA